AUUCCGACAGCUAAUCUCCCAGAAUCUGUAAUCAAUGCUUUGCCGAAAGAUUUGAAUACUGGAAUUUAUUAUGGUUGGGCAUCCUUGCAUGGAAAAGUUUAUAAAAUGGUCGCAAGCAUAGGAUGGAAUCCGUAUUACAAAAAUGAGAAAAAGUCAAUGGAAGUUCACCUAUUACAUAAAUUCCAAGGAGAUUUAUAUGGUGAGGAGCUCAAAAUUAUAAUUGGCGGGUAUAUAAGAGAAGAAAAAGAUUUCUCUUCUUUAGAUGAACUCAUCACAGAGAUAAAGAAUGAUAUUGCAAUCGCGGAGCAUCAAUUGGAAGAACCUGUUGUAAAUAAGCUGAAAAAUGAUGACUUUUUAAUGAUUAAUAAAGCAAAUCCUUAAUAAGAAAAAUGUAAACCUUUGUC